ACUGUGAUGAUGAGAGUGUAGAAGAGAGCAAGAAGACCCACAGAAGCAAAUGGAAACAAGUAAAACCAAAAUAGACGCGAAACUGUCUGCAUGUCGAUGAUAGCAGCGGCGGAAAUUUUUUGUGUUGGACGCGCGUAGCGGAUGGAUUUUAAAUCCAUGAAUAAGAAGUGUUGUCGGAAAGGCGGCGAGAAAGGAAAGAAAAAUUGAAAAAAAAAUAAAUAAAUUACAACGGUUUAACGUGUGUGUUUCUUUAUAAUUUUAUUGAGCGCUGAGCUGCAUAAAAAAGUAAUAAUAAUUAAAAAUAAUGUUUGUUUGCCUGAUUUUGAAAAAAAGAAAUAAAUACAUAUUGAAUGAAUAAUGAAAUUUAGUAAAAAUUUAAAAUAUUUUUGAUCUUGAGUGUACCAGAAAAUGACAACAAAGAAUUGUAAACACGGUGUUAUAAGUGAGAUUGCAAGUUAUUUUUGUUUUGUUUAAAAAAAAAAAUAAAGUUUAACACAAAUAACAAACGGUUUCAAAAAAAGAUCUUUUAAAGAUCUGUGUAAAGUAAUUUAUUCUUUUUGUUGUCUAAAAUUAUUUUAUGUUGUUGUACCUCUUACCUUAAAGAAGAAAGGUCUAAAUCACGCCGCCUGGUAUAGGGAAUAAUCAACCACAGCAUAAAACUGAACAGCAAACAUUACCAGUGAAGGAAGGUGUGCUGAAGAAUCUCUUCACAUAAAGACCAAAAACAACAACAACAACAACAACAACCGCGGCAGCAGUAUUGAAGUAACACACCAAAAAGCAAGCAAACGAAGACAAAAAGAAUCCACCGAUGAGAUGAGACAAACAGGAGGAUUUAUGCGUUCGAUAGUUCAAAUGGAUAAAGUGGUUUUACCGGUUUUAUGAUACGUUCGACGUUCAACAGACGGAUGGAUACAGUGCUGCUGAGGAUGAUGUGAUGUGAUGCCAUUAGGCCCAACAAAAAAAAAAAAAGAAAAAUAUUAAAAAUUGUGUUAAGUUUGAAAUUUUUGAAUUAUUUGAGAAAAAGAGCAAAGUUCUGAAAAAGUUAUCAGUUAUUUUGAAGUGUUUUAAAAAUUUUCUAAAUAUUUUGAAAUUUUAAGAAAUUUUUCCAAUUUUAAAGAAAAAUUAAUUAUAAUGUGCUAAGAAAUUCGUUUGUGAAGCUGGAUUUUUCUCAUCAUUUGUUUUUGUUAUUGUUUUCGUGCAACAACAAAAUGCCGUUUGUACAGCGUGUUGUACAGCCGGUUAAUCUUGCCCAAGUUUGUUCCACAUCCGGUUCCGGUAACCAAAAAACCAAUAAAUUCCUUUGCAUACCCGGCAAAUGCCAAAACAACAAUUGUAUCAACAACAAAUUAUCUCCCCAACACCAACAACAACAGCUGCAGCAGCAGCAGCAGCAAAGAGGCGAAAUCUCUCUCAAUGGCAGAGAGCCAGCACAGAGUAAAAUAGCAGCAGAAAGCGAGUUUUUGUCCUCGUCAUCAUCGUCGUCGCCGCCACCGCCUUCAUUGUCUUUAAACCCCAGCGAUGUGUUACUCUCAAGGACAACAUCGUUGCUCAACAGCAAUGCCAAGGACGGCCUGAUUUCACCCUCCCUAACAUCGUCGACAACAGCCUCCUCAACGACCACUGUUACCACGGCCAUAAUACACAACAAUGGUGGCGUUUCAACCAUCAAUGAUUUGGCCGGCAAGGAUACCACAGAUCAUGUUGGCUACACCAACAGUUUUUCCUACAACACAGAUCACGAAGAUGACGUCUGUUCGAGUGUAUUGCCACCCGUGUCACCGGCCCCAACAAUGCCAAUGAAAAAGUUGAAACAACAUGUUGAGUUUCUUUCGAACAUACCCACCUCUCCGACCCGGCAACAGUCGGCGAGAAGCGGUGCGUCCAUGGUUGGUGGUACAUCGAUGGCUGGUUCUUCGGGUGCGAUAAUACGUGCCUCAACAUCUCAGCAACAGCAGUUGCAACAACAACAACGUUUACGUACGCCCCAAUCACCAACGGCGACAAAAAUUGUUGCCGGCUAUGAAUUUGAUUCGAUCAGCAACAUAACCCUAAGUAAUGCCCUGCGGCAAUUGGCCUCAUUGGUCCUGAUUGCCAGCGAUAUUUUCGAUGAUUUGCAAAAGGAACUGCAGUCGGUGGGCGAUAGAGCACGUGUGGUGCAAAAGAAAAUCAUAGCGGUGGAGAGGCGUGUCAGUGCAUACGAUCCGAAAAUGGUCACAGUCCCGGAAAGCGACCUUUUAACAUUCGCACAACGUAAACAACACUACGAAAGUGACAAGUCAUAUCGCAAGGAACUCUUUACCAGCGACACUCGACCGCACAGUGUACGUGUCCUGUAUGAUGAGGCCGGCAAAAUCACACCACCUCCCACACCGGCCACCGGCCUGUCGGCAGCAUCGACGGCCGUUGGUUCACCCACAACGGCGGCAUUUGAUAUUUUAACUGCCGAUGGCAAUGAGGCGACACUACUGCUGGCCGACGGAGGAGCAUUGGCGACGAAUGGUGUUGGUGGUGCAAAUCUCAUGACUGCUGGCAGUGAUGAUGAUUUGUUGUGUCCGUUUGGUAAUUCCAAUCGUAAGAUGCGUAAACGUAUUGAUGCUGAAAUUGAAAUAAGAUUGCCUGCCGCCAUUGAAGAUCUACGCAAAUGGACCUCCAGCGAGGCAUUGGGUGAUGUUACCGUUACACCGGAUUGUAUGCACCAUGUGGAUACAUCGAUUUCAACAUCUGUUGUCAUUGGUGACAAUGGUGUCCUAACACCGGCCCUAUCUCCGUCCGUGCUAUCAGCUGAUGCUGUAGACGCAUUAUAUUCCAUUGAUCACAAUAAUACAUUAAUCGAUAACAGUCAUAUUCCUAAUGAUAUCAAUAACGAUGUGCCUUUAAAUCAUCGACUGCCCUCGCCCGAGGAACAAUGUAAAAUUAUAGCAUUAAGAUAUCCUGCCGAAGUUAUAUCUGUUGAUACAUCUGGUAAACGUUUUCAACGCAUGUGUAUGGCACGUAAAUCGACAACGGGUGUUUUCACCACAAUGCCCGAUACGAACAAUCUGAACGAUGAUGUACAAACUGUAGCCAGACGUUCGAGAUCACGUAAGGCACGCGGCAAACGGCGCAACACAAUAGCCGGCAUUGAUCAAAAAGAAAUACAAAGCGCAGCCAAUGGCGAUACGACGGCUACUAGCGGCGAACUUAAAAAUGCUUUAGCUUCGACUGAAGAUGGAAAUGGGGAUGUGAUGGAACAGCAACAACGCAAUCGUGCUGCCGAUCUAAAGGCAUCCAAAUCGAAAUUCGGUCGCAGCAAGUCGAGUGAUCUAUUAAAAAAAGAAUCUGUUGCCUUACCCUACGAUAAGGGAAAGAGCACCUUGACCCGUUUAAAUUCCCUCAAACAAUGGGGUCGCAAUCGUUUCAAGUUUAUGCAACGUUCCGCCUCCGGCGAUCAGCAUAAUGCAUCCAUGUUAUCGACCAUUAACAGCAGUGGCUGCAGUGGCAGUAAUGAUUUAAAUACAUCCGGUUCCACAUCGGCAGAUAGCCACAACACAUCAAGCGAAAAGGCCGAAAUAUGUUCGGCUUCGGGUAGUGCUAGCGUUUCAUCGCACAAGACAUCUUCAACCACCAAGAUGGGUGAGAAAUCAUCGGUUACCGAUGUGGAUGAAGAUUGCCGGGUCCAUGAAUAUGUUACACAGCGUGCACACGAAAGUCGGUUUUCGCAUGAACGAAAACCCUCGUAUUCGUCGUCAGAGAAAUCGAUGAGUGUCAGUAGUUCGGGUCAUUUGAGAGGUAAACUUCACUUAAAUUCGGCAUGUGCGAAUGUGAAGCUGAGAGAUACUUCUUCAUUGAAUCGCCAGCGACGUAUCAACGGCCUGGGUGGUGGCAACAACAAGGAUGACCAGCCGCAUUCGAGUAGUGGCAAUUGGAGUGCCAGUUCCGAAUCGGGUCGUGCCUCGAUUGGCAGUGAAAUAACAUUGCAACCCAAGUCAAGUGCUUCCAAUACUUCGUUGAAUGUAUCGAGUUUCCAGAAUGGCAGCAGUAAUCCACCGUCUUCAAUGCUGAGUCGUAGACGUUUCUUUAAUACAUCAGCAUCGAGCAGUGUGACAAGUGAGGGAACAGCCACGCCCGAUUUGCAAAUGGCCAAUGAGGGUACAUAUCCCAAUCAUUUGGAUGAUGAAACCAGUUCGGCAUAUUCAUGUGAUACCGAAGGUUACUACACCUCCUUCCACAUGGAUAGUGGUCUGAGAACAUUGAAGGAGGAGGAGAUAAACAUGAGUAAUUUCCAAAUUGGUGGUCAUCCCUUGAAUGGCUCCAUUUUUGGACAAUCUGGACCAUCUAGUUUCAACAGCUCACCGCAGACAUUAAUGGCUGAAAAUGAAUAUGAACUGUUUGGUAGAGGUUCAACAUCGACCACAACCAGUUCAGCGGGUACCGUGUGCACCACAUUGAUGGCCCAUAACUCCGGUGCCGAACAGUCUAGCUUGAAUAAUAGCCUGGCCAGCUGUGGUCCCGAAGUGCCCGAACGUGUUAGCUCUUUACGCUUGAGCAGUGCCUCCACCAGUACCCUGGAAAGAAGUAUUUCCAGUAGUACCAUAGGAAGUACCUUGGAGCGUACUGGUACCAUAAAACGUAAUGUUAAUGCCUCAUUGAAAUUGUCCUGCAGUGAAGUUCCCUCAUUGGAAUCCAAUACUGCAACUCCAGAAUCCCAAGAUGAUGAAUUUAAUUUCAAUGAACAAAUCAAGAAAAGAGGAGCCCUGUCACUGCCACACAGCAGUGAGGUUGAGGUAUCGGAAUGCUCCGAUCUGGAGGGUGUGGAACGUAUUGAAAGGAUAAAACAGAAAACUGCCAUGACUGCCAGGCGCAUACCAUCCAUGUGUAUCAUUACGCCAUCUACCAGUGAUGAUGAGAAUCAUCAUCUGGAUGAGUUCCAAAGUGAACGCCACCAAGAUGUGGAAGAUGAGACAAACGAAGAUGAGGAUGAUGUCUUGAAUAAAACCCUAACGGAGGAAAGCUUUAAGGAUUUGCUGGAUGAUGACAAGGAAAAGGUGAAACUACAGGAGGUAGACAACAAUUUAAAUCACGUCAAUGAAAAUCUAUCCCUGUUUGAAAAGCUCAAAGUUAUAUUGCCACCCUCGGUUAAGAAAUCACCCAAGAAAGCUUUCCCCACACCCGAACUUUCGGUCAUCAAUGACGAUGAGCUUUACGAUAUGGCCGGUGAAUACGUUUACAUUUCAGCCGAUGUUAGCAAUAACAAUAACAAAAAAGCUCCUGGCCAACCAAUGAUGCCAAAAGCUUCGGCUGCCAGUUCACUGGGUAUUUAUUAUUCCAACAAUGUCUUGAGAAUGCCACAGCCAGCCACUGAAUACGUUUCCUUGAAUGAAUUGCCCAAGACAAUACAAAAAGCCUAUGCUAAGGAAUCCCCUUCUGUCCUUGCUGCCAGCAGCUCUUCGAAAACAAGGGCGGAGGGUAGUUCGAUGGCAGAGAGUGAAAACAAACAAAGAAGUGCCUUGUGCGCCGACUCGGACAAAGCUACACAACAACCAAACAAUUCAAUGUCUUCGCCUGGCGGCGCAAUGGCCAUGUAUGCCGAAAUAAAUGAAUUACGUUCAGAAAUUGCAGCAUCUGCUGCUGCUGCCACAGCCGCAGCCACUGCUACAUCGACAUCUGCAAAUGCUACAACUCUCAGUUAUUUGCAAAACACACCACCAUCAUCUGCUUCCUCAUCGCCGCAUGUCUCACCCCAUAAGGGAGCCAGAGUACGUUUGAAUGCACAAGGCAAACCAAUUUACGAUUCCGAUAGUUUGAAACGACGCAAAGGCGCGCACACAACAUUCGCACCGGGUCCGUAUGUCAAACGGCAACCAGACUACGACGAUUCCAACGAGUAUAGUGAUAUUAAACGCGGCGGCGAAGAAGAAAACGAAAGUGUCGAUACCACAAUACGCAAUACGAGUACGUCCAGUUUGCAUAGUUCCACAUCGACGCCAGUGAAAAGUGAAAGUGUUCUUAAUCCGGUGGCCAAGCUAUUGCUGCUCAACAAGAGCAAUGCAAAUCCGCGAAAAAUUGCCAAUGUCCGGCCCAUAGUUCAUCAGAAUUCGUCAAAAUUGGCAUUGGGUUCGCCCUCGAUGCGUCCAUUGCCCCUAACACCGUACGAACAGCAAGCAAACAACACUGCCACGGAAAUGUACGCUUCGUCCUCGGCAUAUGCGGCCAUUUAUAGCGAUGCCACCAACAACAGCAGCAAACAGUUGACUGCCAAUCAAACAAAUCCCUAUUUCCAUCAUCCACAGUCGUCCAUGAUGCAUUCACCAUCCACAAAAUCAACAGCCUCAAGUACUGGCUCCACCAUAUCAUCAUCGACAGGCUCCUCCAUAUCCGCAGCAUCUGUCGCCACCACCGCUACCACGAACAGUGGAGGUGGUGGUAGUGGCACUCUAUCAUCCAAAGAUGACGAAGGUUAUCAACAUUUAUAUAAACGUCCCGAUGAAGUGGAUGCCAUGAUACAGCCCUAUUAUGAGACUUUAAAUCAAAGCCAAAAUCCAGCAGCGGGCUCGACAUUCCAACGCAAUUCACCGCUUUAUUGGACUUUGCAAAAUCGCCGGCCGGUAAAACCGCAGGCUCCAGCCAAUGCUCUGAGUCGUGAUGAUUUAUAUGCCACGCCUCUAAAGCGUUCCGAAAGAUUGGCCCUGGCCCAACAGCAGCAGCAGCUGCGCCAGCAAGCAGCAGUUGCAGAGGCCACAAAUCCAGCAACUCUUCCAGCCUCACCAAGUGCUGGGCGUCAACGCAACAACAAUUUCCUCACUUCAACACCCAUACGUAAUUCGGAUUCCUCUCUGCCCGCUGAUAAUAUACCAGCCAAACAACGCCUCCGGAAUUGGGACGAUAAUUCGCCAGAACGUUUGAAUACCUGUGCCGAUCGCAUUGGCCAAAGUAAAACCAGUCUUAUGGAUUUUAAGCGUCUACUCUUGGCCAAAUCGGCCAAAAGCAGUACUCUACCCAAGAAAAUGUCCGCCGUGGAACUACUGAAGAAAAACAACCUUACCAAUCAACAAAAUUCUCAAUUGUCUUCUCCCCUCAAGUCAUCCUCCACUACCGCCUCAAAUCCCAUUAGUAUUACUGGUGGCCCAACUCUUUCUCAACUGAACUCUUCUAUGAAACUUUUAGACUUAAGCGGUUCUCCCAAAACAUUUGCCAAUCGCCGUAUGUUGCGUCAGGGUCAAUUUGGUUCACCUUCCAAAUCAUUUGCCCCCAAAUUGAAAACUACACGUUCCAAUUCCCUACAACGCACCGAUAUUAUGUCCACGACCAUACCUGAAGCCAACAGUGAAGAAGAUCACCAUAAUCAUUCGGCAAAUAGUUCACUAAAUAAUUCGAAGAACUCCGAGGAAGAAAAUAUUAUCGAUGAUGAAAGUUUCAAUAUAAAACGUAAUAUUUUCUUACAAGCCGAAGAGAAUAAUUUUAUGCGCAGUGAAUUGAGAUCAAGUUUUGGUCGCCCAAAAUCUGAUGCAGCAAAGCAACCGAUUGUUAGUAAGGUGGAACCCAUUAUGAAACCAUUGACGGAUAGCAGUAAUGUGGCUGCCGGUGGCGGUAACAUAUCUACGCUAACAUCAAUGAUGGCCAAUGUAAAUGUUUCAAAUCCAUCGAUGGAAAAUGUACGGUUGCCCAGUACCAACACUGCCAAUGCAAUGUCAACAACAGCUGCUUCCUUAGCCAAUAUGCCAGCAUUAGAGACUGCUUUAUAAGAGGAUUUUCUGUUUUGGAGACAAAGUGAAAUGAAAAUGAGAGCUAUAAUAUGAAAAAAAGCAAAAACAAAC